AUGUCAAAACAUGAGUCUGAGCACGAGCGAGGUCGCCGACGCAGCGGAUCCGACGACAAGGACGUAGAAGGACUUGACCUGGAUGGCGAUGAUGAUAGGGAUGGCGACGAUGGAGCGCACUCCUCUAACUCGGAGGGCCCCGCGCGCAAGCGGAGGCGGAGCCGCAAGGGCCUGGACAAGAAGUUCGAGUGUCCCGAGAAGGGCUGCGGCAAGAGCUACUCCAGAGCCGAGCACCUGCAACCCUUCCCCGCGGCCGGUUCCGCCUCCCCGGAAGUCAACCGGCCGGGGACCGCUUACAACAAGGGCCGGUCCUUGUCGAUCCAGUAUCACUCUCCCAAGGACGCCAUGGGGAGCCCAUACACUCCGAUGACGAAUACACCUCCCACAAGCUACGCGAACGGAGGGCAAAACGGUGUCGAUUACAUGCAUCACGACCCGACCUACGGACAUAUGGCUCAACGGCCAGCCCACCACUCACCCCAAGAUCCGCGACGACCAUCGAUACAGACCAAUGUUGGCCCUUACGGGGUGCUAUCACCCAUCUCCACACAACCCGGCUACCACAGCCAGCCUCAUAACACGCCCCAGUCUGCCAACGCAAUGCCUUACGUCCCGCCACAGAACUUCCCCCCCUUCAGCCUCCCCCCCUCAGAUUUUGGUACGUCGUCCGCGGGAGCGGUCGCCCGCGACGAUCAACAAGCAUACGCCCCGUCGACAACCGGGGAAUACUCGGACCAGCCGCCUCAGGCGACCGGGGAAAUGAUGCUUCUUGACCAAAUGGGCAUGCAACAGACUAUGCCGGUAUUCGGAAGUGAUAACAUUCUGAAUAAAUCACCUUAUGUUGCGAUCCCCGAGGACUUUGUGGCGUAUUUAUUCAAUACCCAUAAAGGAAGCAAGCUCGCCCAUGACCGGGGUUCCGAUCCACCGGGGUACAACUACGGGGAAUUCUCCAACCAAUACAAUGUGCCUUACUAUAACGAUCCGAACCAGCUAGGCUAUUUCCCCGCCUCCACCGGGCCACAGCAGGUCAUGUCCGUGACGAACCUCCUGGACCAGAACCUCCCCGAAUCGGUCAUCUCGGAAGAGAAGACGGCCGAGAUCUUCGAGUUUAUCAAGGAGAGGUUCCACGAGAACGGGCAUGCGCCUGUCGAGCGACAGCGCGAGACCAUUAUCGAAGGCGACCGCAACGACGACACGCACAUGCUUAGCCGCAAGAUGAUGCAGGCUUACAUCGGGUCGUACUGGCUGCACUUCAGCGACCAGGUGCCGAUAUUGCAUAAGCCUACGUUCUCGCCCGAUAAGACGCCGAAUCUGUUGUUGAUUGCCAUGAUGACCAUUGGCGCCGCGUGCUUGGAUAAGGCGCACGGGCAGAAGGUUACUAAAGCCGGCGCGCAGCUGUCCAACUUCUUGGCAUGGCACCUGAGGUGGGAGAUGUUCCAAGACCCGAACUGCAGGCCGCCGGCGAAGCUGUGGGUGUUCCAAACGCUCUUGCUGUUGGAAUUGUACGAGAAGAUGUACUCGACCAGAGAGCUACACGAACGGGCCCACAUCCACCACGCGACGACGAUUACACUGAUGCGCCGCGGUAGAGCGCUGAUCGGCAAAUCAGCGUUGGACUCGCCGCCCAACCCCCGGGACGACAAGACCAACGGGUCCCGGCAGUCGUCGACGUCAGGAGUCGCCCACACGCCUGAGGAGUGGUGGAACCACUGGAUCACGAACGAGUCGACUCGACGCGCGGCGUUCGCGGCGUUUGUCAUCGAUUCGAUCCACGCAACCAUGUUUGGUCACUCGACGGUCAUGGUGGCUCACGAGAUGCGGUUGCCCUUGCCCUGCGACGACAAGCUGUGGAAAGCCACCAGCGGACCCGAGGUGGCAAGGAUCGAUGCUAACUUGAACUCGGUCGGCAACAAGGCCAUAUCGUUCCUCGAGGGGCUGAAGCGGACGCUGAGCAGCCAAGAGGUGCAGACCAACUCAUUCGGGCGCACAAUUCUGAUGGCCGGUCUUUUGAGUGUAAGCUGGCACAUGAACCAGCGAGACCUCCAGGUCAACUCACUCGGGGGCGGCGUAUCUCAAGCGCUUGGCGGGCGCGACAAGUGGCGGGGCACGCUGACGCGAGCGUUUGACUCGUGGAAGAGCGACUUUGACAAGACGUUGUUCCGGCGCGGCGACUCCUCAGCAGAUCCCUACAACUAUGAUGCGUCCAACCGCAAUGAGGCCAACGUUGUGUUUGAGAGCCGGAUCGUGCUGCAUCAUCUGGCGCACAUGGCCAUGCACGUCGACAUCGUGGACUGCCAGAUCUUUGCGAGGGCAAAGAGGUUGCUCGGCCGGGCGAUCGGGCCGCAGGAUCUCAACAGCGCGCAGCGGCGCAUGAAGGACAUCUGGGCGCCGUCGGCCAAGGCCCGCGACGCGACGUACUACGCCCUCAAGUUCCUACAAUCCGUCAUGGUUCCGGAUAUGGUGGGCACGCCGGGGUCGUCCAACGGCGGCUACGGCCGGCACGAGGAGCCGUACUCGGCGAGGGACGACGUGCUCCUCAACCGGCCGUGGGUGCUCUACUUUGCGGCGCUCGUGGUGUGGUGCUACGGGUUCGCUCUCGAGGGCGCCAGCCCGAACAUCCCGAUGCCGGCGACGCAGCAGGACAAGGUACGGCUGAUGCGCGACUACCUGGUCAAAUACGGCAACGUGACGUCGCCCGAGGAGCUCAAGUCGAUGAAGGGCAUCAGCCACAACACGCCCGUGCUGAUGGUGCUCAAGGACGCGUUUGGGGACUCGCGGUGGGAGUUGCUGCACGAGGGCGCCACACUCAUGAAUAACUGCAUCAAUCUCAACGCGGGACAGGGCGUUGUCUAA